GCGUCGAAAUCCCGCCCGGGUCGCGCCGAGCCAGCCCCUACGGGCAGAGAUCAAAUCCACGGCGGGGCGGGGAAAGCUUGGCUGAGAAUCGCUUCCAUCGUGCCCACCAGCCACCCAGCGGUGGUGGUACGGGCUGCCGCGUGAGCAGUGAGCGAGUGUGAGCUUCGGUGAGCGCGCGAUGGAGGGGAGCGACAAGUCAUCGGUGGCCGGGGCCUACUGGGGCCUGGGCGCGCGGUCCUGCGACGCGUGCGGCGCCGAGGCGGCGCGGCUGUACUGCCGCGCGGACGCCGCGUUCCUCUGCGCCGGGUGCGACGCGCGCGCGCACGGCGCCGGGUCGCGCCACGCGCGGGUCUGGCUCUGCGAGGUCUGCGAGCACGCGCCGGCGGCAGUCACCUGCCGGGCGGAUGCGGCGGCUCUCUGCGCCUCCUGCGACGCCGACAUCCACUCGGCCAACCCGCUCGCGCGGCGCCACGAGCGGCUCCCCGUGGCGCCCUUCUUCGGUGCGCUGGCCGAUGCGCCCAAGCCCUUCGCCUCGUCAGCCGUGGCCAAGGCGGGCGCCGCUGCGGCUGCCGACGACGACGGGAGCAACGAGGCCGAGGCGGCGUCGUGGCUCCUCCCCGAGCCCGACCACGGGCAGAAAGAUGGCGCUGUGGCUUCUGCCGACGUGUAUUUCGCGGACUCCGACCCUUACCUCGACCUAGACUUCGCGCGAUCCAUGGACGACAUCAAGGCCAUCAGCGUCCAGAACGGCCCGCCCGAGCUCGACCUCACCGGUGCCAAGCUCUUCUACUCCGACCACUCCAUGAACCACAGCGUGUCGUCGUCGGAGGCAGCGGUGGUGCCUGACGCGGCGGGCAGCGCGGCAGCCAUGCCGGUGGUGAGCAGGGGGAGGGAGCGGGAGGCGCGGCUGAUGCGGUACCGGGAGAAGCGCAAGAGCCGGCGGUUCGAGAAGACCAUCCGGUACGCGUCACGCAAGGCGUACGCUGAGACGCGGCCGCGCAUCAAGGGCCGGUUCGCCAAGCGCACGGGCACGGCCGAGGCCGAGGCGGAGGGGGAGGACGAGGAGAUGUACUCCUCGGCCGCCGCCGCCGUGGCAGCGCUCAUGGCUCCCGACGCCGACGCUGACUACGGCGUCGACGGCGUCGUGCCCACGUUCAGCUGAUCGGUGCAACCGCAAACGCCGACGUGUACACUAGCUAGCCUCGAUCUUGGGGCCGUAAUUUUGCUGCAUGCUUGCGCGCGCGCAUGCAUGCAAAGCUUCGUGCCGCAUUAAUUUAUUGUAAGAUUAAUCGGAAGCGAUCAGGACUUCCAAGCUCCCUCCCUCCCUCCC